AACCGAGCAGUCACACAGACAGUUGGAGACAUAUAAUGGCUACACACUGAUAAUAGACGGAUUUAAAAUCUCUUGUGAGUAGCCGAGCUAAAUUGUGGAAGCGACCAUCUCGGCAAAGAUAUAAAGUAACGUAUGUCGCCUGUCAUAGGAAACAGUACAGUCGUGUAUGCUUUUGUUUUAUCCUGGAAAAUAAUCCAGUGUGUCUCGAGUCUGCGUGUUUACUCGCGGUUGGAAAGUGGCGUGUUGGAAUUUAUUUGGAAUGGGGAACGACAAAGUUUGUAGGAUGUUUUCCCAUUUGCUGGUUCUGAUUAUUUUUGCACUUUUACCGCAAGCAGAUGGUCAGUAUGGUGAGCGUGGAAUGUCCGUUCCUGAACAUGGCUUUUGCCAACCUAUUUCCAUUCCUCUCUGUACGGAUAUUGCCUAUAACGAGACUAUCAUGCCAAAUUUAUUAGGGCACACAAACCAAGAGGACGCGGGGCUUGAAGUGCACCAGUUUUAUCCGCUUGUGAAAGUUCAAUGCUCUCCUGACCUGAAGUUUUUCCUCUGCUCCAUGUAUGCUCCCGUUUGUACGGUACUGGAACAAGCACUGCCUCCGUGCCGCUCGCUCUGCGAGAGAGCGAGGCAGGGCUGCGAGGCUCUGAUGAAUAAAUUCGGCUUCCAAUGGCCUGACAGCCUCGCCUGUGAAUCUUUCCCUGUUCACGGAGCGGGUGAGUUGUGCGUCGGGCAAAACGUGUCUGAUAGAAGCGCUCCUAUUAAUCCUACAUCAGACGUAACAGAAUCAUCUUAUGGGCAGCAUAGGACUGUAAAGGGACAGUUUAGAUGCCCAGUUGCAUUGAAAGUACCCCCCUAUUUGAACUACCGUUUUCUUGGGGAGGAGUAUUGUGGUGCACCUUGUGAGCCCUCAAAACCCCAUGGCAUGAUGUACUUCAAUGAGGAUGAGUUGAAAUUUGCCAAGAUAUGGAUUGGAAUAUGGUCUGUGUUAUGCUGCUCGUCCACUCUGUUCACGGUUUUGACCUACUUGGUGGACAUGCAGAGGUUCAGCUACCCAGAGCGACCCAUCAUUUUCCUAUCAGGCUGCUACACUAUGGUGUCAAUAGUCUACAUCGCUGGCUUCUUGUUGGGGGACAAGGUGGUCUGCAACGACCGCUUUGACAGCGACGUCAAAACGGUCGUCCAAGGCACCAAAAAGGAGGGCUGCACCAUUUUGUUCAUGAUACUUUACUUUUUCAGCAUGGCCAGCUCCAUCUGGUGGGUCAUCCUAGCCUUGACGUGGUUCUUGUCAGCCGGGAUGAAGUGGGGUCACGAGGCCAUCGAAGCCAACUCGCAGUACUUCCACCUGGCGGCAUGGGCAGUACCUGCCGUCAAGACCAUCACCAUCCUGGCGGUGGGGCAGGUGGACGGAGACGUUCUGAGUGGCGUGUGCUACGUGGGCAAUAACAGCGUGGACGCUCUCCGAGGUUUCGUUCUGGCACCGCUCUUCAUCUACCUCUCCCUGGGCACCUCGUUCCUUCUGGCAGGCUUCGUGUCGCUCUUCCGCAUCCGGACAAUCAUGAAGCACGGCGGCACCAAGACGGAGAAACUGGAGAAGCUCAUGGUGCGCAUUGGCAUCUUCAGCGUGCUCUACACGGUGCCCGCCACCAUCGUCAUCGCAUGCUACUUCUAUGAGCAGGCGUUCAGGGAACAGUGGGAGAAGAGUUGGGUGAGUCGGACGUGUAAAAACUAUGCCGUGCCGUGCCCCGUGCACCAUCAACCGCAGAUGUCGCCAGACUUUACCGUCUUCAUGAUCAAGUACCUGAUGACGUUGAUCGUGGGUAUCACCUCUGGCUUUUGGAUUUGGUCGAGUAAGACGCUGAAUUCGUGGAGGAGAUUUUAUACGAGACUGGCGAUCAAUAAACAGGGUGAGACGACCGUGUGAGACAUUAUGACAGACACAUGAAUUGAAGAAAAGGCUACUGUGACACACUCAAACGAAAAAAAUGUAAAUACACUUUUCUGGAAAUUUUUGUAUGUAUAUUUGUAUUUGAAAUAGACCACACAUUUGAUUCUCAUCAAUCACUCUUUGAUCCAAAAGGAAGAAAAGUUCUUAUCUAGUUCAAUGAGGAGAAUUGGACUGUAUGAACAUUUUCAUUCAUUCUAUUGGUGCGCCAUUGAACUUUUUCCUGUCAUCCCUUUAGUAGCGUUUCAUGUGAACUAUGGGAAUAUCUCAAUUGCAUAGUCCUUGCGUCCUCUCCUUCUCGAAACCCAUUGGAUGAGAAAGCCAGAGGUCCCUUCCCUAUGUUUGAGAAAAAGUCAACAAGGUUCUGUUGAACUUUUGCUGUAUUUUAUGGGUCAUAAUGACCUUGUUCAAAAUUAGCCCGUAAUCUGGCCACUUUAUAGAUUAUUCUCGUUUCUAUUGACAUCCUUGUUUUACCAUGUGUUUUCAGGGGAUGUUUGCGCAUUCAUUUGUCUUUCCCCAUGUGUAUUUUGUGGUUUGCGGCUAUUUUACCAUUACAGUGAGUGCAGACUGCGCCAAAGAAAUAUUGGAUUAGGGGUUGAGAUCUAUAUCCCGGUGUUAACAAAAGGCCUGUCAUUAUUGAGCUAUUUUAAAUUUAGCACUCAUUCACAAGCCUUUUACCUAUGGGGAUAGCUCCAAAAUUAUUACUUUCUCUACCCACAAGCAAUACAACUGGAAUUGAAUUUGACAAUAAUGGAAUGCUCAGUCCAGUGCCUUUGUUUUAAUGAAGAGUGUGUGGGUGGAGUUAUUGUGUUUGAAGUCCAAUAAUCCAGCUGUCUACACAAUUAUCCAACAACUGUUGAUCAACCUCUUUCUAGUCACCAAGGGAUUGUUCUCUGGUGACUUCAAGCACAUUACUCUGCUUAAAUGGGUGAAAAUGUACUAAUACCUCACCCCACAUGGCAUCCUUGAAUAAAUCAUUCUCAACUUUAAUGAGUCCUUAGAAAUCGGUCACAUUCAUGCAUGCGUGCAUGUUGCGCAUAUGUCAUAGUCGUUAUUUUAUAAUACAAAGCAAAGCUCGUAUCCAAUUGUCAGUCACAGCUCUGUAAUGGAUGGUGUUUUGACAAGGGUAAUUUUAUAGCUCCUUUGUCAAAGGUAAUUCAUUGAGCUUUUGCUUCCCUAACACACAGAGGGUCGUGUUCAUUAGGUACCAAACAGUAGAAAACAGACACAGGGAGGGAAUGUAUGGACUUGUCCAAUAAGAAGUUUUCCAUUGCAAAAUGUUUUCUGUUGCAUGCCUUAAUGAACACAACCAUGUUGUUCACUUGUUCUCAAUGAUUCUUCAUCUCCAGUUACACUUUUUUUUUUUAAAUCAAAGGCAUCAACGCUGAUAUUGAUUUUUGUGUUUUAGCGCUGUGGUAUAUUUUCUUACCCAGGUAUUACAUUUUCUUAAUCAGAGCCAUUUUUAUGGUGCUACAUUUGUAGGUCAAUCUUGUUUGUAUACUGACCAAUGUUUUAUAAAUUGCAUAUAACAUUCUACUAGUAACCUUUUUCAUUCUACCAAUGUGUAUAUUGAACAGAUAAUCUUAGCAUACCAUCAUUUUAAAUGAAAAUAAAAGCUCCCUCCAUUUUUAUACA